GCAUGCGAGCGAGUCAAGUUGGACUUCCGUGUGUGUUCGAGUGUGUUACCUCCCCAUGCAUAUCUCGUGCGGCAGAACAGUCUGCAGUACCGUGAGUUGUGCUAAUUAGAGGAUUUGCAAGUAUCUGUGGCUUUAUAUUAAUUGAAUGCGAUGUUGAAAAGUGGAGAAACCACGUUGAAGUACUUUGCUUGGCGAACAGGUUAUGGUACUUUCCGAAGUGACGUUGUUUCCGAAUAUUACAGCGUUCAUUACCUUUAUAUAUAGCAAUUUUAUAAAUGUGUGUCUGUGUGUGCUGUGGCUCGCUCUGGUGCGUCCCCUGCGCACCGUGCCUCAGUGUGACCACUACGGUACCUGCAGGACCAGCUACCCCUUCCUGCCGGCGCCUCCUGGGAGGGUGCCACCCUGCGCCAAGCCGGGCUCCACCUUCUGCGAGAAGAUUGAGCAUUAUCCCACGCAGCUGAUACGCUAUCUGAUUGAGAGAUGGGGCUAUGACUACAGAACACUUCUCAGCGAUGAGUCACGUGACGACUUCAAUUACAGGGCACCUGUGACAUAUGGGCCACCAGUCCAUCCUGGCUAUGCAUAUGGGCCCCCAAAGAUUCCGGGCAUCUCGUACUAUCCAGGAGUGGAUCUUGUGGGCAAUAUUAGCAAUGGAGGCUACCCAGACAGACGCUACAAGUUGCCGCCACAGUUCCUGACACCAGGACCCUACCUGUACACGACACUGCUACAGCCAACAACGCCAUACAACCCGGAUGACUGGUGGGAGAGGUAUUCACGUUCAAAUGCCGAAGGUUCCAUAGGCAGCAACUAUCAGCCCCAGUCUCACUCCAGAAAACGGAGGCAAGCCGCAAACAACCAGCUGUGCCCUACCAGAACUGAGUUCAUCAUGCCCAAAGCUGCAAUGAACAACAGAGGGAACUGGAUGUUUGUGGUCAACCUGAAUGAAGUGGAUGACAGAUACACGCAGUUGGUUGGCACUGAGACUUGCACUACCAGUCAGUGUAGUGGUCUGUGUUCAAUACCUGGCAGCUACUCCUCUCGCUGUCAGCAGCAGUAUGUGCAGAAGAGACUGGUAGCACUGGAGGGUGGCGGAGAUCGACUGUACACAGAUAUAUUCUGGUUCCCACACUGCUGCAUCUGUGAGAUCACUCAGAACAACGGCUGAAGGGGCAUGAAGUGUGGAUUUUGUCUCCUGCUUGUCAUCAGAAGUGAACAAUAUUUGUUGGUGAGAAGACGCAGUGAAACUGCCAUUUAGACAAGUCAGUUGAAUCAGUUUUCACUUUAUUAGAAGAAGUGUAGUGUAUAAGGUGUGAUAGAGAGUCAGACUCAAGGACAACAGGGCUAUGUUCGCACAAUAGUCACAUCAGGCUGUGCAAGUCUGUGUUCCCCUCUCUAGUGUGUGUUGCAGACACAAAAUCACAGUGAGAAUGUAUUACAUGUCAGUAACCAUCAUCAGCCUGUCCAGUUGUGUAUGUGUGUGCGUAUGCAGUUUAAGCUUUUUGUGCUGCUGAAGAUGCAUAUUGUAGCCUUCUGAUCAUGGCACUGUGUAGUUUGGUAGAUGGUGCCAACAUUUUGCAGAAACAUGACUGUCUCCUACUGUGAAGACUUGGCAGCAUCACGACCCACAACAGCAGAAUGUGUUUGCUCUUCUAGAGCAGUGAUUUUCAACACUUUGUGCCUUGCACCCUUCCAGUCAUGCAGUCCCACCCACAGUAAAAACUAAGAUUCUCUCUGUUCCAGUAAAUCUAUUUUUAGAUUUGUAUACAUUUUAGUAUCAUAUUAAUCAUUAAUGACACUUCUUAAAUACGUACAUAGUGUAACGAUUUAUACAUUUCUUAUUUUGAAAAAAUGGAAGAUGGCUUAUGACAUCACAGUCCUGUCUUAGGCUGUGUGUUCCCCCUAAAUUUUUUGUUUUAUAUGCACUCCAUGUCAUAUCAAAGGAAAAUAGGUGAUUAGUUCUUCCCAGAACUCCUUGUUAAAUUUGUGUCACUGUGUGCAAACACAAGUGCACUGCUUACUGCGCAGGGAAGUACUGUAUGACUGAAUUUAUGGACAUUGUCCCAAAACCAUUAAUUUCUAGCAGUUGGACAUGUCCUACUGGUUGAGAAUCGCUGCUGUAGAUGAAACUUUCUACUGUGAACUCUUGCUAAAAUUUGUUUGUUAAAUGCAGUUUCCCCCACAGAUUACUUAAACAUGUGCUUUGCUAUGCGCUCAGAUUGAAAUAUUCGCUCUGCCAUGUCUGAGGUCCUCAGAGGAUUGACUAUGAAGAUUCCUGCAUAGACUGGUGGAUCAUUGCCUUAAUUCUUCCUCUCUCUCUUGCGCUUCUUCACCUCCCCCCCACCAUAUCACUUUCUCCCGCUUGCUCUGCCCUUGGGAUGUGGCCCUUCAAAAGAUACUGUUUCUCUGCUCUCCUUCCCCUUACUCCCUUCCCCUUCCUGUUGUUCUGCGCUUGAAAAAGGGCCUUUUUAAGGGCCAAACACUCUUUCCACUAGUCUACUUAUCUGUAUAGGUUCAACAUUCCCAUCCUGCCUGUCUCUAAAUCCAUUGUACUCUUUUCCAUUCUCAGCUUCCACUUCUGUCCUGAAGAUGGGAGACAGCAAAUGCUGUGAAACAUUAAACUGAUAAUGAUCUACCAGACUAUAUGGUGUCACAUCUCAGAAGUUAGCAGCCCUGAAAUGUUCACUCAUUUGUAAAAUGUUUCUGAAAAAAAUUGUAAUCUCAUAUAAGACUUGAUAUUUUUUUGCUUUUUACAGUUUGUUCAUGUUAUAUAUUAUUUCUGAGAGGACCAGUAACAUCCUGAAGCGACUUGCUUUAACAUAAAAGGCUGCUUUUCUCGCACAUAGCAUAUUUAUAUGUUUUGUACAGUUCUCACAAUAAAUGCAUUAGCAAGUUGUCUUUACAGUGGAGACUCUGAGCACUUUCUGUGAGAUAGGCUUGAAAGGGCUGCAUACAGUAUGGCCUAGUACUAGGUGACAUGAAAGAUGACGUGUUUAUAAAAGCACAAGUUGCAUGUUCAGGAAAGCUGCUCACUUUCUUAUAUGCAAUGCAUGAGUUUAGCAGCUUAAAAAAGUGAGAUACAUCGAUCUGAAAAGCUGUCUGCUCUGGAACAAGAAGCAUAUUUGUGAGGAGAAUGUUUGCAACGGGGGACCACACCCUCAGCUGAACCCUGGAUAUGCUGCAUUUCAUUUGCACAGGAUCAAGUUUCUGCUUUCUUCAGACUCUGCAGGUCUGCUACCAGGUGCUUUCAUGUCAUGACAGGAAAACUACAUCAUCUGCAGAAGACAUGCCAUUUAUAUAACAUGAAGAAUCUUUGAGAACAUUAUGGAGGACUUGAACAUGCAUUUAACCUAAUGCCUCCUCCCCUGAGCAUAUCCUGUUUCACAGUUCAGUAAAAUUAUAGAACAUUUCUGAGUUAAAAUUGUGGCUGCUUUGUUCUGGGCCAUAUUGUGCUAAUUGGAUUCAGUGUAAUGUUGUAGUACAAAUGUCCAAAUGCACAUACAUAAUUUGCACCAUUUGUGCUUUGUGAGCCAUUACAAAUGUGUGAAUUUGAUGUUUUAAUUGCAGUGACCACGAAUAUCACUGUCUCCUUCAUUGUGAUGGUACACAAUCUGACAGACUUGGAAUACUAAGUAUACUGCCACAAUCUUCAUGG